AUGGUGGUCGUUAUCGAUUCGCGCGCCGAUUUGGCGCAAGAGAAAAUCAUUUUGGCGAAAUUGAGAAAAUACCAUUUCUCAGUUCUAUUCCUCAGUAUCGCAUGUGUGGCUCUUCUAAUAUGGGCUCUUGUCGCAACAACUCUGCACAUUCUCAAACCGGUCCCUGAGCAUAUUGUCGUCGAGCCGAAAACGAAAUCCGCGGUUUUUAAAGCAACUGCAGCUGUCAGUGACACCGUAUUAUGCGCCGAAAUCGCAAGAGAUGUCAUAAUGCAAGGCGGGAAUGCUGUUGAUGCCGCAAUUGCAGCCACAUUCUGCACCGGCGUCACACUGCCGUACGCGACCGGACUCGGCGGCGGAGGGUUCAUGGUUAUUUACAUGAAAGAAACCAAAAAGUGUAUAUUUUUGAAUUCGCGCGAGACUGCUCCGCAUCGCGCGAAAAAGGAUAUGUUCGAAUAUGAUCAAGAAGCGGCUCAGUUCGGAUACACUUCUAUUGGGGUUCCUGGAGAAUUGCACGGUCUGUGGACCGCUUAUAAACUUUAUGGAUCCAAGGUGGUGUCUUGGAGCGAUUUGGUAAUGCCGUCGGCGCGAUUGGCGAAAGCGUUUCCAAACACGUUGGCAAUUUAUAAUUAUUUGGAUCGGAUUGAAAAGUACGCGGAUCGCGAGGAGAUUCAGCCGCUCAAGAAUUUAUACUACGACAAAUAUACGGAUUCCUAUUUCAAUGAUGGCGACAUUUUGACAAAUUUGGAAUUGGCGAAGACGUUGGAAAUGAUCGCACAAUCGGCGGAUCCGAUUCAAUUAUUCUACAAUGGGACGAUUGCCGAAGGAAUCGUCGAAGAAAUGCAACUGAAUGGCGGAAUCAUUACCCUAAAGGAUCUUCAGAAUUACAGAACCGAUAUAUCUGAAGCGUUGUAUUCUGAAAUUGAUGGCUAUAGAAUGUGCGGACCACCACCGCCAUCAUCCUGGGUCAUCACACAAAUGAUCCCAAGAAUCCUUGAAGAGCAAUACAGCAAUAAAGAAUAUUUCCAAAACACUGAAUUCUAUCACAAAUUGGUGGAAGCUGAGAAGCUUGCGUACGGUCUGCGAGGAAUGUUGGGCGAUGCUCGGCAUAAUGAGAGAAUGAUGAAUUUGGCAAUUAAUAUGACGUCCAAAAGCUUCAUUCAAUCAAUUAGUUUAAGAGUGCCGAAAGAAGCCGAAGAAUUGGAAUAUUAUAUGCAAGCGGCCCCGGGUGUUAAUGAUGCGGGCACUUCUCACACCAGUAUUAUCGAUGAUGAUGGAAACGCUGUUGCGAUCACCUCGACACUCAACAUGGCAUUCGGCUCGAAAAUGUUGUCCAAAUUCGGUUUCGUCUACAACAAUCAAAUGGACGAUUUCUCAACGCCAGGUCUCACAAAUCAUUGGGGAUUCGAGCCAUCGCCAGCCAAUUAUAUUCGGCCAGGAAGAAGGCCGAUGAGCAGUAUGAGUCCGACAAUCAUCUUCCAUCCGGGAAACGGCCAAGUCCGAAUGGUGACUGGAGCCACCGGCGGCUCGAAAAUCAUCUCAGCGACGGCGCAGACAAUCACAAGGGCGAUGUUGUUCAAUGAAAACGCCGCCAAAAUCGUUGAAGCUCCCCGAAUCCACAACCAGCUUACUCCAUUUGAGACGCACGUCGAAGUUGGAUUCUCAAAGAGAAUCGCCGAUAAACUUGAAGACAAAUAUGAUCAAGAAAUCAAAGAAGUCGCCGAGGCAUUGGCAAUUGUCUAUCCGAUAACACACGACGAUUCGAAAUACACAGCGGCGGCAGAUUAUCGAAGAAAAACGAACAAUUCGCCAGCUGGAUACUGA